UUUGCCACCAAGCUGCAUAAAAGCGGCGAUGUGGAAGAGGAGAACUAAGCAGAGAUUCCUGAUUCGUCUCUACAGCUUCACUCACACACACCAACAUGACAAACCCAGUCACAUACGAGGAACUGAAGGUUCUCUUGGCCCAAAGCAAAGAUCUGAUUCUGAUUGAUGUCCGUGAGACAGACGAGGUGAACAAAGGACGCAUCCCCAGGUCCACUCACAUUGCCCUUGGCACUGUCGAAACUGCUUUCAAAAUGAGCCCAGAGGAUUUCCAGGCCACAUACGGGAUUCCCAAACCUGCACUGGAUGCGCCUGAGCUGGUGUUUUACUGCCGGUCAGGGAAGCGGUCAGCAGAGGCCAUCGGCAAAGUCAGAGAACUUGGAUAUGUGACAGCACGUAAUUACACCGGCUCUUACCUGGACUGGUCUAGCAGGGAGGGAUAAAGAUUCACGUUGGAGAAGAGCCUCACACUGUACACUAUAUUUAUAUAUUCAUAUAAACUGUAUAAACCUUCUAUACAUUGAUCAUGUUGGUUCUUAUAGAACACGUCUCUGAAUGUUAUAUGUGUGAAUAAGUAACUUGCAAAUAAAAUAAAAUUCUUUUUGUUCUUAAAAGUGUUUUUAUGGACAUCUCGGAUCCAAACUUUCAUAAGAUAUGAAAAGACAGAUAACUUUGACCAGUGCAACAUAUUUACCUCAUCCAGUUCACUAACAAGCAAAAACAGAGAUAACUCUACUGCAGUGAUUCUUCCUAAACAAUUUUCUAAUUAGUCUGUUAAUAAACAGUGUCGUUAUUAA